GCUAGAGUGUACCCGGAAGGUGCUCGCGGACUGGAAGUCGGGACCGCGGGUGGUUGGAGGCGACUGCAGUCUCACGGCCAGGCCGGCGGCUGCGGGAUCGGGACCCACCUUCGAGUCUCCUGUACUGGGGCGGUGCGUGCUGGCUCCCUGCUCGGUCCUCAGCCUGGGCGUCCCGUAGGCAGACCUGUGCGCGCCCGUGGUUCCUGGAUCCCGGGCCCAGCUCUUUGAUAAGGGCGCUGCGAGGACCAUGUCAUUGGAGUUUGGCAGUGUAGCACUGCAGACGCAAAAUGAAGAUGAAGAACUUGACAAAGAAGACUAUGAAAGGGAAAAAGAGUUGCAGCAGCUACUCACAGACCUCCCUCACGACAUGCUGGAUGAUGAGCUCUCCUCUCCUGAACGCCAUGAUUCUGACUGCAGUGUGGACGGCAUAGCAGGAGAACUGCAUUCUUCUGAGCAUCUGGAAAGGAAGUGGAUUGAGCGUGACAUACUGCCCAAGUCUCACAGUGUGAAUUGUGGCAAUGGCUGGGAAGAAAAUUGCAGUAAAGCCGAAGACCAGCAUCUGGGGUACCAUUCUGGAGAAGGUGGAGAUGAAGGCGGGAGUGGCUACAGCCCUCCAGGUAAAGGGGAGCAGGCAGAUUUGUAUCGCCUUCCUGAAGACUUUAGGCCAUACACCGGUGGUCAGAAGCAGGCAGCCAGUGUCGUGACGUUUUCAGAUCCUCAGAGGGACAAUUUUCAGCAAUUUGGUUUAUCACAAGGACCCAACUGCCAAACUCUGGAGCCAUAUAAAGCUAUAUAUAAACCUUACCACUCUUCUGUGCAGAGGAACAGCUCCCCAGCCCAGGAGAUAGCAGGAAGUGACAUGUUCGAAGGCUUGCAGCAGCAAUUUCUAGGAGCCAAUGAGACAGACUCUGCAGAAAAUAUACAUAUUAUUCAACUCCAGGUUCUUAACAAAGCAAAGCAGAGACAACUGGACAGCUUAGUUGAAAAGCUGAAUGACAGUGAACGGCAGGUUCGGUAUCUGAACCACCAGCUGCUAAUAGUCCAAGAUGAAAAGGAUGGCUUGGCCCUCAGCCUCCGGGAAUCCCAGAAGCUCUUUCAGAGUGGAAAGGAAAGAGAGAUGCAGCUUGAAGCCCAGAUAAAAGCCCUGGAAACCCAGAUAGAAGCAUUCAGAGUCAGCGAAGAGAAGCUCACCAAGAAGCUCAGAACGACUGAGAUUACCCUGGAGACCUUGAAACAGCAGCUGGUGGAGCUCCAUCAUUCUGAGUCACUUCAGCGAGCCAGAGAGCAGCAUGAGAACAUUGUUGCCAGCCUCACACAGAAGUACGAAGAGCAAGUGUCGUCCUUACAGAAGAAUUUGGAUGCUACCAUAACGGCCCUUCAGGAACAGGAAAGCAUUUGCACGCGUUUGAAGGAUCACGUGCAGCAACUGGAGCGGAACCAAGAAGCAGUCAGAUUAGAGAAGACUGAACUCAUUAAUAGGCUGACAAGGAGCCUAGAGGACAGUCAGAAGCAGUGUGCCCACCUGCUGCAGUCAGGCUCUGUGCAGGAGGUGGCUCAGCUACAGCUACAGUUGCAGCAAGCACAGAAGGCCCAUGUCCUAAGUGAGAGCAUGAAUCAGGCUUUGCAAGAGGAAUUAACAGAGCUUAAAGGUGAGAUCUCUCUCUAUGAAUCUGCUGCAGAACUCGGAGUCCUUCCAGGUGACCCAGAAGGAGACCUGAGUAUAGAGCUCACUGAAUCAUGUGUGGACUUGGGCAUUAGAAAGGUCAACUGGAAACAAUCCAACGCUAACAGGAUUACACAGCAAGAAUCCCCAGAUGAAGAGCCUUCGAAGGAUGAGCUUAUCCUGAAGCUGAAAACCCAAGUUCAACGCUUGCUGACUAGCAACUCCGUGAAGCGUCAUCUGGUGUCUCAGCUGCAGAGCGAUCUCAGAGACUGUCGGCAGACAACAGAAGCUCUCCAGCCAUCGAAGGACGGUGACAGAGGCAUGGAGGCAAUUAACAGAGAAGAUAUUCUGCAACUGAAAAAUGAAGUUCAAGUUUUACAACAACAGAAUCAGGAACUUAAAGAGGCUGAAGAAAAACUGAGAAAUACAAACCAAGACUUGUGUAAUCAGAUGAGACAGAUGGUGCAGGAGUUUGACCGUGACAAGCAGGAAGCUGUGGAUAGGUGUGAGAGGACAUACCAGCAGCACCACGAAGCCAUGAAGGCCCAGAUCCGAGAGAGCCUUCUAGCAAAGCAUGCUGCGGAGAAGCAGCAUCUCCUUGAGGUCUACGAGGGGACCCAGUCCCAGCUCAGGUCUGACCUCGAUAAGAUGAACAAAGAGGUGGCUGCUGUGCAGGAGUGUUACCUGGAAGUAUGCAGAGAGAAGGAUGAGCUGGAAUCCACUCUCAGAAAGACCAUGGAAAAGGCUCAGGAGCAGAAGAGACAGCUUUUGGAAGCCAGAGAAGAAUAUGUAUGCAAACUGAAGUUAGAACUGGAAGAGAGGUACCAAGAAACUCUGAAGACGGAAAAGCAGAGCUGGCUGAAGGAGCAAGCCGCUGGAGCUACGCAGCAGGCUGAGAUGGAGAGCAGACAAAAACUCAUUCAGCAGCUGGAAAAGGAGUGGCAGUCCAAACUGAAUCACAGUCUCACAGCUCAAAGAAAAGCAACCUCAGAUCGGGGCAGCCAGACGGAGCAGGCGGCCUGUCCUGCUGUCGUGUCUAAGGCAGAGGCAGCAGUCCUGGCAGACGAGCAGGCUAAGGCAGAGGCAACAGUCCUGGCAGACGAGCAGGCUUGCCACGUCCAGCGGAAGGAGCGUACUGACAAGGAGGCUCUGAGGAAGCCUGAAGUUGAGUUGGAGCUCAAGUACUGUGAGACUAUUGCACAAAAGGUGGAAACAGCUGUGCAGAAUGCCCGAAGUCGCUGGAUACAGGAGCUGCCCAUGCUUGCAGAGUACAAGGCUCUGCUCAGAGCCCAGCAACAGGAGUGGGCAAAGCAGCAGGAGUUGGCUGUGGCCCAUAGGCUGUCACUCGCACUCUCUGAAGCUAAAGAGAAGUGGAAAAGUGAGCUUGAAAAUAUGAAGCCAAAUGUAAUGUCUGUCAAGGAACUGGAGGAGAAAAUCCACUCUCUGCAGAAGGAGCUGGAGUUGAAGGAUGAGGAAGUCCCAGUGGCUGUCAGAGCUGAGUUGGCUAAGGCCAGAACUGAGUGGAACAAAGAAAAACAGGAAGAAAUCCACAAGAUUCAAGAACAAAACGAGGAAGAUUAUCGGCAGUUUUUAGAGGAUCAUCGAAAUAAAAUUAAUGAGGUGCUUGCGGCAGCCAAAGAGGACUUUGUGAAGCAGAAAACUGAACUACUGCUUCAGAAGGAGGCAGAAUUCCAGGCAUGUUUGGACCAGAGUCGCAAGGAGUGGACACUGCAGGAAGCCCAGCGGACACAACUGGAAAUCUAUCAGUAUGAGGAAGACAUCCUUACUGUGCUUGACUUUCUUCUAAGGGACACCCAGCUGGGACAUGGUGGGGACUCACAAGACAAGCGGCUUUUGGAAGUCAUGUCAGUUUGUUCUUCAAAAUGGAUAUCUGUGCAGUAUUUUGAGAAAGUGAAGGCCUGCGUACAAAAAGCUCUUCAAGAUAUGCUGUCCUUGCUUAAUGACAGUGCUGCCUCAGAACGGGAGAAGAGAAAUGUGGUCAAGAUCUCUACAGAUGCUGUCAGCUGGAACACUGGCCAAGGAGACUCUGGGGUCCCAGCGCCCCUUCCUGCCUCCGCCUCUGGACAGUGUGCUCAAUCCUCGGCCUGGCUGGAAGCGGAAGCGGAAACUGAUAAAAAGAUCUGUGAAAUUAAAGGUUUAUGCUGUGGACACUGCUUUCAAGAACUUGAAAAGGAAAAGCAGGAGUGUCAAGAUCUGAAAAGGAAACUGGAGAAGUGCUGUAGGCACCUUCAGCAUUUAGAAAGGACUCACAAAGCGGCAGUGGAGAAACUUGGAGAGGAGAACAGUAGGGUUGUUGAAGAAUUAAUAGAGGAGAACCGUGACAUGAGGAAUAAACUGGAGGCACUGAGGGCCCUUUGCAGAACACCACCACGGUCACUGUCUGCAGGAACCGCUGAGAAUGCUUGGCCACCGUGCAGUAGGCAGGCCUUGGAAGAACUCCGUGGGCAAUACAUUAAAGCUGUGAAAAAAAUUAAACGUGACAUGCUUCGAUACAUUCAGGAGAGCAAGGAAAGAGCUGCAGAGAUGGUAAAGGCGGAAGUGUUGCGGGAACGGCAGGAAACUGCCCGGAAGAUGCGCAAGUACUAUCUGAGUUGCCUUCAGCAGAUCUUGCAGGAUAAUGGAAAGGAGGAGGGAGCUGAGAAAAAGAUUAUGAGUGCUGCUAGCAAACUCGCUACAAUGGCUGAGUUGCUGGGGACGAUCGAAGAAUCAGACUGCAGAGUCAGAUGUGCCCAGGCAGGUCGCUCAGCAGUUCCUUUGGCUUCAGAGGUGCUGAUGGGCGCUGAAAGAUCAGAAAGGAGUGAUGCGAGUCACAGUAUUCCACAUUACGUUGAAAGCAAACCAAGCAGUGGAAAGACUAUCCCCAGGAGUGUGUGUGAGCAGCUGCCUAGGAGGAAGGCUGCGCCCAGCUCCCAGAUGCGGUUAGAGGAUUCGAAGCACAGAGAGAUGAAGCCUGUGGCUUCCAUAGCUUUGCCUUCAGGCUGUCAGUGUGGGGACGGGAGUUGCAGGAACUCAGACAUCUUGGCAAAGGGUGUUGCUCCCGAGUUUGCUCCAUGCCAAGGUAAUGGAGGCUUUGAUUUGCAUGAGAAGAGAGAUGCACUUGGAGCUGGCUCCAAGUCACUGCCUUAUUCAGCUGCUCACUCCUCCCUCCUUGGAGGUGGCGAAAAGAAAUCUAGAGUCAUCUCAGAAUCCAUGCACACAAUCCUGAGAGGUCCCAGUGAAAUGCCAAGGUUAAAGCCAUUUAUGUGUGGUUCUCUAACAGAAACCGAGAGUGUUGCAUCUGAGAAGAGUCAGGCUGUGGGCUCUCAGGACACUCCAGUGAAGGACGGUGCUGGGCCCAGCAGCUCUCCAGCCUGGCCUUCGGACAGGACUUUACCGUGCAGCAGUCCUACUGAGCUGUUUCUUGGUGAUAGGUCACAAAGGACCCAGGAGAUGGUGGGGGACUCUGUUCAGUGGAAACAGUUCUCAGCAGCCAGUUGUCUUCCAGAUGCCCAGAAAAGUAAUAUGGUUUGUCGGGGUAGUUAUACUCUAGAUCUGCCCAAAGAAACCUUGCAUUGCCAGCAAGGGAAGAUGGGUGCAACUCUGGGACACUCAUCUCCACAGAGCACUGAUGUGUUAAAGACAGAUGUCAGGAAACUCAGCAGCACAGGACCGUCUUCAUCGUGUCAGAAGCCUUUGAUAAAGUUAACUGCUCCAGUGACCAGCCAACAGGAUAGUGGCUUUGAUAGCCCGCUUGUCGGUCUAGAGUAAUUACGUGCAGUAUUUCAGAAUAGUCACUAAUUACUAUUUAGACAGGAAACUGGACGGGAACACUUGAUGCUAACGAACCAUUUUGAGGUCUGCCUGGCAGUUCUCAUGUAUUUGAUAGCCUUGUACCUGAGUAAAGUAUUCUCAUGAAGUCACUUGAGGCACUUACGCUGCCUUAAUGUUGGAGGCCUGGGUGAAUGGCUGUGUGGGCUGCUUCUGUGUGCUGCUUCAUCCAGUUGCUCAGCCCUCUACUUUUACAUUUGUUUGCUGACUUAUUUUGCAGUGUUACAAUCUUAAUAAAAUUGUGCAUAAUCUGAA